AAAAAGUCUAUCUGUGAUGUCACGAGUGUGUAACUGGUGAAAUCCAACACCACCAGCUGGUAGGAGUUGUGCUGGGGUGAAGACGGGUCCCCUUGCAUCAGUGCAAGUCAAGGCACAUAGCAGAAACCAACGCCUGGAGGUAAAGCCGCGCAGGGCUGUAUCUGCUGUUGUGCUGGAGAGCAUUCUGAGAGGGAGCCGAGCUCUGAUUCUCUAUAGUCCACACGGCAGUCGAGUUAACGCUGCUACAGCCUGACUAGCCGCUCUCCAAGAAAACUUUUUCUUUUUUUUCUUGUUCGAUGCAACUGUUGCGCGUCUCCACAUUGGAUAGAAUUAGCCUGAUCACUGCGCGCCGCAGAGCGCAAAGGAUCUGAGGAGCUCUGCUUUGAACGACUUGGAGAGAUCUCUCCUCCGGACUGCAAAACGAUGAGGAAAUUCUGAGGUGGCACGACUCCAGCGUCCACUUCACGCGUCCUCAUGGUUAGCCCAUGAGCAGGUAUCCUCUUCAGUGUGAUUCUGUUUUCACCCAGAUCUCUGCUGCCUGGACAAAUGCAUACAAAUGCAUUUAGGAGCUCAACGGACAAGGAGUGGACACGUUUCCGCGGCAGCAACGUGGAACUUUAUCCUGCUCCUGUCAGUAUGCUCAGCAGUACUCCCUGGAGAAGAAGACUACCUUGCUCAAGGAGUGGAUAUCCUCUAUCGCCUGGGGUUUACGGGUCAAGGCAGUGCAGACAAUCCCUACGAGAGGACAGACCCACCUUUGCCUACUCACACCACUGUUUCCUCACCUUUUUACCCUCCUGUUUCUGGAUAUGGGGUAUUACUAGGCUCAAAUUCUCUCUAUGAGGCUCCAGCAGGCAGUCUGAUCCCGCCGGAGAUCGGUGAGGAGUUUUCUGUUGUGGUUAGCCUAAGCUCCUGGCGAGCAAACAAUGCUUUUCUUUUUAGUGUCAAAGAUGGCAGGGACACGCUGCGUUUUGGCAUUCAGCUGCUGCCGCGCAGAGUGGUGGUUUACACUGCUGAGAAAGCCCCCAUCUACUUCACCUACAACUGGCAGGAUGGGCGCCGUCACCCUUUUGCUGUUGGUGUUCGUGCACGCUCAGUGUCCUUUUAUGCGGAGUGCGGGGCAGUGCAGCAACGGGAACAAACCCUGGGGAGAUCUCAGUCACUGGGGGAUUCCGGGGGUCUCUUUACGCUGGGGAGGAUGAACUCCAAAGCGGCACCAUUCACUGGUCGAGUUUGCCAACUAGAUAUCUAUCCCUCAGCUCAAGCUGCCGCGCACUACUGCAACUACCUUAAAACACAGUGCCGGCUGGCCGACACUUACCGAUUGCCUUUGCCACAUCCUGGUUUGAAUAUUGAGGCAAAUGACCCACCUUCGAACCCCCUGACAAAGUCCCUUGUUGGAAUAGCAGCUACACGUCAUACCCCAUUGAAAACCACAGCAGCUUUCAAACUGUCCCCUGGUAGUUUAGUCACACAGUAUUCAACUUUAAGUCCAUCAGUACAGCCUCAUCUGGGGGACCAGAGCCACAUUACCACCUUGGAUCCCUUUGCCCACUCCACUGCAUCCUUGCUUCAGCCUGACAGCCCCACCUUAACCACCCUGAAUGAAAAAGGACUCCUGGAUCUUGCCCAUAGCACAACUGUCACCACUACUAAAAAUGUGUUGGCAAAAGCCAGUAGCUCCCGGGGGGAUCCUGAUCACUCUGAAAACAGCACAGAGGAAGAGAGCAGCUCUGGGAACCUGCAGACUUCAGAUGCCACCCCAGGCCUGAUUUCCCCAGUCAGGCAAAGUCGAGUUAAAGAGGGACUCAGGAACAACUCAAUCACCAGCACCAGGGACUCUUCCCAACAGAAUCAUCAGCUCAUGGAGACUCAUCUGAGAGCCAAUGGCACUACUUUGUACCGGGAGAAUCAGGUGGACACCUCAGAACAGCAUGAUCUGGAUGGCAGCUAUGAUGAUGUAGACAUGGGAGGAUAUGAUUAUGGAUAUGAGGAACCAGACUUCUUAUAUGACUACGAAUACGGUUUCCGUGGCCCCAAAGGAGAGCCAGGCCCUCUGGGUCCUCCCGGUCCCCCUGGAUUACCUGGUCCUCUGGGAAAAAGAGGUUCUCGGGGUCCAACUGGUCCACCUGGAAACCCAGGACCACCUGGACCACCUGGACCCAAGGGUUCAAAGGGAGACCCUGGGCUGUCUCCAGGCCAGGCUCCACCAGGACCAAAGGGGGACAGAGGUCCGCCAGGUCUGCCCGGGCCCGAUGGAUUUCCAGGUCCACUGGGUCCUAAAGGUUAUCCAGGCCCACCCGGACCGCCAGGAGAACAAGGCAUACCUGGACCUCCUGGGGAAGCCGGGGCAGCAGGUUACCCUGGCAGGCAGGGCUCAGCGGGGCCACAAGGUAACCCAGGACCUAAAGGUGUCCGAGGUUUCAUUGGGCCUCCUGGUGUUGCUGGGCCACCAGGGCUGGAGGGGGAGAAAGGAAUUCCUGGUCCUGUCGGAAAACCUGGCCCCAAAGGGAGACAUGGUGUGAUGGGUGAUGCGGGAGAGAGGGGUCCUCCUGGCCCUGACGGCAGUGAGGGGCCUGUUGGUGGGACUGGCAUUAGCGGCUUUCCUGGCCUGAGGGGGGACCCAGGGCCUGAGGGACUGCGAGGACUGCCUGGUAUGGUGGGACCUCAGGGCCCAGCAGGACGAGCCGGCCUGCCUGGAUUGAAAGGUGAUAAGGGUGAAGUGGGACAAAGGGGCGAACCAGGAGAGAUGGGGUACCAAGGUGAUAAGGGUGCUGCUGGUGCGCCUGGUCCUCCUGGGCCAAGAGGGAAGCCAGGACCCGCGGGAAAAAUUGGUGAGAUAGGGGCACAAGGACCACCUGGGCCUCCGGGACCAGAGGGGUUUCCUGGGGAUAUUGGAAUACCAGGGCCCAACGGUCCACCUGGACCAAAGGGUCUACAGGGUGCCAGAGGGCCACCAGGCCCACCGGGGCCACAAGGAACACAGGGUGAUGAAGGACCAAUCGGCCCACCUGGCAGCGCUGGCCCUACUGGAAGACCUGGAAGGAAAGGCUACAUAGGCGACCCAGGCCCUGAGGGUUUAAAGGGAGAGAAAGGGGACAUGGGAAACGUUGGAAAGAUCGGACCACAAGGUCCACUAGGCCUGAUCGGGAUAGCUGGGGUGAUAGGAGUUCCCGGUGAAAAGGGCGACCGAGGACCACCAGGUCCAACCGGCCCACUUGGGGAGAAGGGGCCAAGGGGCUAUCCAGGGCUGCCAGGAAGUCCAGGGGACAUCGGCAUGCAGGGUGCACCUGGUCCACAGGGGCAGAGGGGCAGUUCGGGCAUUGCUGGGCCGAAGGGUAGGAGGGGGCCCCAGGGUCCAGAGGGCCCACUGGGAGAAUCAGGCCCUGAGGGCACCAAGGGUGAAAGAGGUGACAUCGGACAAAAAGGAGAGCCAGGAUUCAUAGGCAAAGCUGGCAAUCCAGGAGAGAGAGGCCCUCCUGGGAAGCCUGGUAAACCAGGAAUUCCAGGCAGCCCUGGGGAGAGAGGACCCCACGGUGAACCAGGACACAGAGGACCUCCUGGAGAGGCUGGACCAGACGGAGAGCAAGGGCCUGAAGGUGUGCCUGGUGCAGAGGGUGAGCUGGGUGCCAUCGGAGAGCCGGGGUUAAAGGGUGCUGUUGGGCCUCCAGGAGCUGAAGGGGAGCAGGGACAGGAGGGAAUGAGAGGUCCUCCUGGUCCCCCUGGUGAAGACGGCCCUCAAGGCAAAGAUGGAGCCAAGGGGGAGCCUGGUGAGCGUGGGCCAGUCGGAGAGCCGGGGGACAAAGGGGCCGAAGGGGACUCUGGGCCACCAGGACCACCUGGAGAGCCUGGGAAACAGGGCUUUCGUGGGCCAGAAGGAAAAAUUGGGUCCCCAGGUAACAGAGGACGGCACGGCAAGAAGGGAGAGAAAGGUGCUCCAGGACCUGUUGGUGAGGUUGGCACACGAGGAGACGCCGGCCAGCCAGGCGAGCCAGGGCUGAAAGGCGCCAGAGGAACUCGAGGCACACCGGGUCGGCCUGGAGUCAUGGGUUUAGAAGGACAACCAGGACUGGCAGGAUACACAGGUCACCCUGGCAAGCCUGGGCCCAUUGGACCACCAGGGCCUAAAGGUGAAAAGGGUUAUCCAGGCGAGGACAAUAAGACCCCAGGACCACCAGGGCCCUUAGGUGAACCAGGUCCCCCAGGAGAGCGGGGAGAGCGUGGAGAGCCUGGGGAUGAAGGAUAUCAGGGCCAUGUUGGUACUAUUGGACCUCGUGGGGCUGUUGGACCACAAGGCCCACCGGGAUCACCAGGCGCCCCUGGAGAGCCAGGUCCAAAAGGAGAGAUAGGACCACCGGGCUCAGCAGGAAAGAAAGGAGCGAGGGGGCUGAGUGGAUCUCCUGGUAUUGAAGGGCCAGUUGGUAUACUGGGACUCACGGGUAUGAGGGGUUACCCAGGGCCAGAUGGUCCUCCUGGACUGACCGGCUUACCAGGAUUGCCGGGAAAAGAGGGACGACAGGGUCAAAGAGGCUUGGCUGGAAAUGAGGGACUUGUUGGACGUCCAGGUCUUAGGGGAGAGGUUGGACUUCCUGGACCACCUGGAGAAAUAGGACCACCCGGUCAGAAGGGAGAACCAGGACUGCCGGGGGACAGGGGCGCCUCAGGAAUCAAAGGCAUGGAGGGAGCCACAGGUGACCAGGGCAGGAAAGGUGACACAGGACCCAAAGGACAACCAGGGGAAACUGGAGAUCCAGGAAUGGUUGGUUUACAGGGAUUUCCAGGGCCAAUGGGGCCGAAUGGUGAUGUGGGAUUCAGGGGCUUCCCUGGUCCUAAAGGCCCAAUGGGUACUUCGGGAUUCACUGGACCUGUUGGCCCGGAAGGAAUGAUGGGCCCAGUGGGAAAACCUGGUCCGAGGGGUCCAAAGGGAAUCACUGGCGAAAUGGGGCCUCAAGGACCACAGGGAAGUCCAGGACCCAGAGGACCUCCUGGUGCUCCAGGUCCAACAAGGCAGAUAUACGACGACUCAGCAGUCUACAGUCUAUCGGACUCUAACGCUGCCGUCAGGACUGAGAGUUUCCAGAACACAGAGAUGGGCCUGCCAGACCAGAAUUCGGAGAUACUCAAGACUCUGCAUUACCUAAGCAGUGUGAUUGAGAGCAUCAAAAAGCCUCUGGGCACACGAGAGAACCCAGCUCGUGUCUGCAAAGAUCUGCUUGACUGUCAUCACAAGCUCAAAGAUGGUUGGUUCUGGAUUGAUCCAAACUUGGGCUGCACUUCUGAUGCCUUCAAAGUCUUCUGCAACUUUACUGCAGGAGGGCAGACCUGUUUACAUCCAGUGGCCUCGAAUAAGAUGGUGUUUGGUGUUGGUAAAGUCCAAAUGAAGUUUCUCCAUUUACUGAGCACUGAGGCCAGCCACACCAUCACACUCCACUGCCUGAAUGAUCCUCCCUACAGCACCCCAGACAGCUUCAGCUCCAGCUCCAGCACACCCAUGUUGCAAGAGAACACCACACUUCGGUUUCGUGGCUGGAACAAACAGAUGUUUGAGAAGGACACACUACUUGAACCACAUGUGCUACAGGAUGAGUGCAAGAUCCAAGAUGGCAGCUGGCACCAGUCACGUUUCUUCUUCCAUACUCAGGACAGUUGUCAGCUACCUAUUGUAGACAUACAGGAAUUUCCCACAUCUCAGUCUGACAGUCAGCAACAUAUAGAAACCGGUCCGGUCUGCUUCCUCUGACACCGACAUCACCGUUAUGCAACCUAUUUACAGGAACUACUAAAAUGCAAGGCUGCCUACCAAAGAGCGAGUUUCCAUCAGACUUUGUAAAGGAAGCCAUUAAUGGGACAUGUCAGAGCAGCAAAUGUCCAGUUUGAGGCAGAUCUACGAAGAAGAACUGAAUCCUGGUGGAACACCCAGGCCAAGAAGGCCAAAGGAGAACAGUGUAUACCAAUAUUUAUCAGUAAUUGUGUAAAGUAUGUUUUGUCAAUACUUGUUAGGUGCUUAGGUUGGCUGUAUAUGGACUGAUGUUACUCCCUGAUCACAGGGUAGAGCCUCACUAAGCAGCAGCCUAUCCAAAAUCCUUCACCCCAAACAUGCCCAGACCAUCCUAAGCAGAGGCCUAACCUGAAGGAGCGUGCUGCCGGGCCUCUACAUAGGAGCACUGUCUAACUAGAGGUUUUUAUGAGUGCAAUAGCAUGUGGAUAAUGUGUGACUGCUUAAAAUAUUUCAUUUUCUGAUCAAAGGCUAUAUUUUAAAUUGUUUUCAUGAUAUUUUUGUCUUCGGUCCUGCCCAGUCAGACCUGUACAUCUUGACAGAUGGUGCUCUACCUCUACCUGCUCAUUCGCUUUCAAGAAUAGUUGCUGAUGUCAACUUAGUCUUUUUUGUUGGCCUUUGUGUUAUAUGUACCGGUUACAUAAAGAUUUGUUAUGUUGUUUAAGUACUUAUGUUGAUUUGGUCAUUUCUAAUUUAUGAACCAUUUUUUGAUACACUACAUAUUUUUUGUAGCUUUUCCUUCUAUGUGGUAGGUUCUUCAGGGGAAACCUAUCAUUGGUGCUGCAAGAUAGUGAGUCAUCAGUGAGUUUUUACAAUACCUGUGUAUAUAUUGACAACAUACUGUAUGUUUAUUUAUAUCCUUUUUGUUUUUCGUUCACAUUACUGUACCACAGUAAGUUAAAUUCUCAGAGAACUAUUUGGUCAAUCACAACUCUGAAUAAGUAUUUAUGUGUACAAGGUGUGUUUGUGUGUUCACACCUGUGACUGUCAUACUGUUAUUUCAGUUCAUUCAGUGUUGGUUUCGGUGGACUGGCAGCUAGAUUAGGCCAGAGUCAGAAUACCCAGAAAACACAGUCAACAUAUUCUUAAGUUAUAUUACCUUGAACAAAGUGUAAUUAUAUAAAAUCUGUGGAGGAUACGGUCGGAUGCAAAUGUGUAAAUAAUAAAUAAGUUGACAAAUAAAUGGAACAUUUUAUCCA